CCCCCCCUCCGGAGAGCCAGCAUGAAGCGAGCCCACCCCGACUCCAGCUCGUCGGAUAGCGAGCUAGACGAGACCAUCGAGGUGGAGAAGGAGAGCGCCGAUGAGAAUGGAAACUUGAGUUCGGCCCUAGGUUCCAUGUCCCCAACUACAUCUUCACAGAUCUUGGCCAGGAAAAGACGGAGAGGUAUCAUUGAGAAGCGCCGACGAGACCGGAUCAAUAACAGUUUGUCAGAGCUGAGGCGGCUGGUACCCAGUGCUUUUGAGAAGCAGGGGUCCGCUAAACUCGAAAAAGCAGAAAUCCUGCAGAUGACUGUGGAUCACCUGAAAAUGUUGCACACUGCAGGAGGGAAAGGUUAUUUUGAUGCUCACGCGCUGGCGAUGGACUAUCGGAGUUUGGGGUUUCGGGAAUGCCUGGCGGAAGUGGCCCGUUACCUGAGCAUCAUCGAGGGACUGGACGCCUCGGACCCGCUCCGCGUGCGGCUGGUCUCGCAUCUGAACAACUACGCCUCCCAGCGGGAAGCCGCGAGCGGCGCCCACGCGGGCCUCGGACACAUCCCCUGGGGGAGCGCCUUCGGACACCACCACCCCCACGUCGCGCACCCGCUCCUGCUCGCCCAGAACGGCCCCGGGAACAGCGGCACGGCCGCGUCGCCCACGGAACCGCACCCCCAGGCCAGGUUGGCCUCGGCCCAUCCGGAGCCGCCCGCGCUGCGGGCGCCCCCUAGCGGCGGCCUUGGACCGGUGCUGCCGGUGGUCACCUCCGCCUCCAAACUCUCGCCGCCCCUCCUGUCCUCCCUCUCGGCCUUCCCCUUCUCUUUCGGCUCCUUCCACUUACUCUCUCCCAAUGCACUGAGCCCUUCGGCACCCACGCAGGCAGCAAACCUCGGCAAGCCCUAUAGACCUUGGGGAACCGAGAUCGGAGCUUUUUAAAGGACUGGAUGCUGUAGGAUGGGGGAGGAAAGCUUAACACCCCAGCUGAGCUGGGUUCUGACCAGCAUCACCUUAAAGUCGCCAGUUACAGUCAAAAGGUACCCUCGCAGACCAGUCUUGUUCCCAGACGGAAGGUUUGUUGGUUUACUGAGGUUUUCCUUUUUUUUAUUUUUAAAGUUUUUCUUCUGAUCACGCCGUGUAUUCGCAGUUUUUAAAAAACU